AUGUGCGGGAUGCGGUCCGUCAAGGAGGCGCGCGCGCGGCUGGACGCCGUCGCGCAGAGGUUCGUGGGCCGCGUGACUCAGCACGUGUGCGGCCUCAUUACUCAGCUGGCGGGUGAUGUCAUGAACGAGUGGGGCCAGGCCGGCACUGCGGCGGAGCGCGGCGCGCGGCUGGCGCCCCCCAGCCGCAGCCGGCUGCGGGAGGCGCUGGCGCGGCACAGGGAGCUGGUGGCUGUUGCGGCGGCGCUGGACCCGGGAGCGGUCAGCAAGCUGCAGCUGCACUACGCGCAGGCGGUCAACGGCCUGAUCCGCAGGGAGCUGCGCGGCUGCGCCGGCGAGCUCAGGAGGGCGGUGCAGGCGGGCGCCGCGUCAGGCGGCGGCGGCGACUUCUCGCUCGGCGGGCCGCGCGAGAGGAGCUCAAUGGGGGGCAGCAGGCGCGCGGCUCGCCUGUCUGCGCACAGCGGCUACAGCGACGCGUCGGAGGACCUGCCAGGCAGCAGCAGCGCCUCCCCCCGCGCGGGCGGCCGCGCGAGCGGCGCAGGCAUUAGCAGCGGCGACGGCGGCGCAGCCGCAGCAGCGGCGGCGGCGGCGCGCGUGGCUGCUUACGCGGCGGGCUCGGCGCCGGGGCUGCCGCUGCACACGGCGUGGCAGCACCUGCUGGGCAGCUUCCUGCCGUUUCUGCUGGACGAGGCGGACUUUGCGGCGGACCUUUUCCUCAUGCGCACGGGCGACGACGCGCGGGAUGCGCGGGGCGGCGGCGGUCAUGGCAGGGGGAACGACUUGACCAUGGCGGGGCGCGUGGCGGUGGACGCGCUGCUGGGCUCCUUGGAGCAGGACUUCGUGACACUGCCUGACAUGGCCGCCAAGAGCAACCAGGUCAUGGCGGUGCCCCUGCUGGCCACCACCCGCGCGUGGCGCGCGCGCCUGCGCGCCCGCCCCGCAGCCGGCCCCCUGGGCGGCCACCUUGCGGCCGCGGAGCAGCGGCUUACAGCGCACUGGGCCGCGUUCGUGUCGGCGCAGGCCGCGGCCGUGGACGCGUACGACGGGCGCUCCAAAAUCGGCCUGCAGGGCGGCAUCAAGAACAUGCACCUGCUGCCGUUUGUCAGCCAGUUUGUCGCAAUGGCCGCAGAGGUCGAGGCGCUGCUGUCAGAAGCCGUUGACACCGCCGCCGUCGCCGCCUUGGGCGGGUCCCAGGGCCGCCAGGAGGUGCAGCGGCAGCAGCAGCAGCAGCAGCAGCAGCGCCGGCAGCCGGAGGAGGGGUCGGAUGACGAGGGGCCGGCGGCCGCGGAGUUGGAGGCGGCGGCGGCGCGGCAGGCGGCGGCAUCUGUGCGGGCAGAGGUCGACAGCGCCUACUCAGCGCUGGCAGGGCGCGUGUUUGCUUGCCUGGAGCGCCAGGCCGCGGGCGAUGCCAAGUACGCUGACCGGCUGCGCCUGGAGAACUACGGCCACUUUGCGGACGAGCUGGCGCCACUGCAGGGCACGGCGCCCGCGCUGCGCGAGUCGGUGCAGCAGGCAGACGCGAGGCGGGAGGGCGCAGUGGCGCAGUAUGUGCGGGACCAGCUGGAGUGGGGCAAGCUGUGGCGGCUGCUAGAGUUUGGUGAAAAGCUCGAGAAGCUGCUGCAGGUGCGCUCCCUCAUCAGGUCCGUCAUGGAGGGAGCUGACAAGAAGCUGGACGCCCUGUACGGCCGCGUCAGGAAGCACCUGGGGCCCACGCCGCUUGCGGACGCGAUGUGGGGGCGCCUCAAGGAGGAGCUGCUGUCCCGGUAUGAGCGGCUGGAGGAACUGCUGGAGCGGUGCUAUGCCAACAUGCCCCUCAGGCCUAGCCCAGAAGAGCUCAGGGAGCUGUUCAAGCUCGCAGGCUCCGGCUGA